AUGGCGCUCCCACCACGAGGUGUCACAGGAACCUGCUGCCGAAAGCUCCUGAUGGCGACUCACUGGACCUCGACACUGUCCACCACAACCGCUCGACACCAGUCCGCAGGCCACAGCCGACCUGAUCGCACGCGCAAAGCAUCCAAGCCGCCCGCCGUGCGUCCCGUCCCGCGCAUGCUCUCCGCCGACGUCGCCAAGUUUAUGCGUCCCCGCGACGGGCACCUCACGACGACGCCGGCCAGCGCGGGCUUCUUCCGCGCGCACCCAACCGUCGAGCACGACCACGGGACCAUGGUCCGGCUCGACGACGACGCGAUCCGGCAGCUGGACCGGGCGUACGGCGUGCGGCUGGCGUGGUCCCCGCGGCACGUCGUGCACCCGCACCGCCUGCGGUUCUUCGACCCCCGCGGACACCCGCUCGCGCCCAAGCUGCGCAGCGACCUGGCGCGCAAGACGCGCGAGACGGCGCUCUGGGCGUUUGCCACGGCCACCGGCGGUGUCAGCGCCGUCGUCUGGCAGCUGACCAAGCGCGAGCUGCUGCGCGCCGUGUUCCGCGGUCUCGCCGCCCGCGGCUACGACGAGCACGGCCGCAAGGCGGACGGCACCGAGCUCCACGGCACGCUGUGGCUGACACUGUGGCAGCCCCAGCACGCGCGCCGCUUGCCGCCGGACAGGUUCGGCGAGGUCGUGGCCGAGACCCUGGACAGGCACUACGCGACGAGGGCAGGGGACGGCGCGCCGGCACCGGUGGCUGAUGUUGCCGCUGCGAAAGAGCAAGGCAGGCGGAAAAGGGAAGUAGGCGGCGGCGUCGAGAGGCCUGCGCGUGAGGCAGAACAGUGGAAGCCGCGAGAGCGAGGUAAAAACCGCGACAGGCCGGUGCGGAGCUCCGCCGAAACUGAUGGGUCGUCGGUUUGGCAGGCUCGGAAAAGAGGAUGA